AUGUCGCCCUCAUCAUACUACAGCCACGACAGCGACACCGACAGCCAUUACGCCCACAGACGAUCCCGCCGUCCCCACCGACCCGCCCACUCCGCCGACCACCUCCCCCGCCGCGGCGCCCGUCCUCGACGCACCGGCUCCGCUCCAGCAUCUCACGAGACCAGUAACAGCAGAAGCGCAGCCGCGAAUAUCGGCAAAAUCGCGCUGGGCGUGGUUUUCGUCCAGUUGGUGUCUACCUGUCUGUCCACAUGGAUGCGCAAAAAGGAAGAGGAGAGUGAGGCGGAGUACCAGAAAAGAAGGAGGAGGGAAUUUGAAAAGGCGAAGGCGAAGAGGAGGAGGGAGGAGGAGAGGUGGGAACGGGAAUUGGAGGAGAGGGAAAGGGAGAAGGAGGAGGCGAGGUGGGAGAGGGAGGUUACUGUUACGGAGAGUAGGAGAAUUGCGCCGGCGCCGGAGAGGGGGGAAGAGAGCGAGGAGGAUGAGGGGAUGAGGAGGAUUGAGGCGCCGCCGGAGGAGGAGGAGGAGGGGAGUGAGAGGGGAAUGUCGAGAAGUGGAAAGGGUGAGAGGGCGAAGUCGAUGAGUGGGAAGAGUGAGAAGGCGAAGUCUAGGAGUGGACAGAGUGAGAGAGCGAAGUCUCGGAGUGGGCAAAGUGAGAGAGCGAAGUCGAGGAGUGGGAAGAGUGAGAGGGCAAGGUCAAGAGCGGCACAGAGCGAGAGGUAUAGCUCAGAGGACGAAGACGAGAGGAGAUAUGCCAGACGGCGGCCGGGUAGGAGUCGAUCGAGGCGGGCGGUCGACGUCAGCUGA